AGAAAUUGUUGCACAGUUUGAAGGGAAAACACCUAAUGAAGUGUGGGCAAAAUUAAAUUUAUUGCAAAGAUUUAAUUGGAAUAACUUGAAUAUCAUGGAACCUUUGUAUUUACAUCAUUUAAAAACACGUACAUUAGCUAUUAUUGAUUGGCACAAAUUAUUUGAAAAUUGGUCUUUUCAAAGUAGUGACAUUGUUGAGCUCCAAUCAGAGCUUGCCAAUAUAUAUCCUUCAAAUCACAUCUUUAAUGACAGAGAGUGUUGUGCUUGGAAAGCAUUAAUAAAAGCUGCAGGAGGAACAAAUAUAACACCAUUUGAUAAGAGGGAAUCUAUGUGUGAAUUCUGGACAAAGAAUCCUAAUCCUUCAUAUGAUGAAGCAACAUUACUUAUGCUUUAUAAUAAAGGGUUCCUUUGUCCUACUCCUAAUGAGUCAACAUGUGAUCUAGCAAUAUGUAAUAAUGCCCAACGUUUAUCUAAAAGUAUGGCUGAUUCUAUAGAUGCAAAUAAAAAAGGACUAGAAGGAAAAUGUAGAAUAUUAUCAAUUGUAGCAGAUAAUUUCACUUCAGAAGAACUGAACAAAUUAAAGGUAAAUUGCUUAAAAAAUGAUUGUAGGGAAAAUAUUAACAAGAAUUUACUUUUAGAUAAAUGUAGCUUCUAA